UGUGGUAUGGCAGAAAUGACUGGCCCAGUGAAUUUUCACAGAGAUGUGGAUUUCGAUUUCCGGCUGCGAGAUAAACGGAGUGGAAGCUUUCCGGUGAAGUGGCACUUCAUAAAGGAUUUGGCAAACUUAAAAAAUUUUAGGUUCACCAUAUUGCACAACAAUGAGAACAUGCCAGGGACUGACAAAAGAGACAUACAAAGGUUGAGCUACAAGAAAGGUCUGCGGAUGCAUAACAUAUUCAAGCGCCGUACGUCAACAACAUCCCUACUCGAUUUUAUGCAGGAAGAGGGAGAAGGCAGGCUUCAGAAACAAUGAGAUGGUAAAUGCUGUGAUGAUGGUGUCAAUUCCAGUCGGAACAACUCCACUGGAUACGAGAAGUCGCCCUUAUGAGCAGGGACGGAUCCAGGAUUUAUCUUUAGCGGGCUGAAUUUAUUAUCGUGUCACGUUUUUCAUUAAAUUUCCGCUGCUUUAUACUAUAUGUGUAUUGUGGAGUGUUGUCGACACAUUCUGUACAACAUCGUAUUCCAGACGAAGCAAAACUUUUAAGAACAUUUCUUCCUUCCAUCAAUAA